AGUAAUCGUUAAUCAAGUUUAGAAUACGAAACAAACAGCCAUGAUCGUGAUCCUCGCUCUGGUGCUGCUCCUGGCAACUCUCUAUGUGUACGGCACCCGCAACCACGACUAUUGGGCGCGCAAGGGAGUCAAACAUGACAAGCCCCUUCCUCUGUUCGGGACAGAGAUCAAACGCUUUCUGCAACAGAAGAGCCUCACUCAAAUGGCGGUUGACAACUACUGGAAGUAUCCUGAUGAGCGCUUCGUCGGCGCCUAUCGAGGCACCGUCCCCGAGCUCGUCAUCAGAGACCCUGACCUUAUCAAGCAAAUUAUUGUCACUGACUUUGCAUCAUUUUACUCAAGAGGAUUAUCUCCAGAGCAUGGCGUCAUCGAGCCUUUAUUAAAGAAUCUUUUCUUCGCGGAUGGUGACUUGUGGCGACUGCUGCGUCAGCGCAUGACUCCGGCUUUUAGCAGUGGCAAACUAAAAUCUAUGUUCCCGCUGAUUGUCGACUGCGCUGACAGACUCCAAAAGCGAGCCCUCAAAGCUGCUGCCAGUGGAGACGCACUUGACGCUCGAGACCUUAUGGCUAGGUAUACUACUGACUUUAUUGGUGCAUGCGGUUUCGGACUCAAUGUAGACUCACUCGGCGACGAUGAGUCAGAAUUCAGAAAGCUUGGAAAUAAGAUCUUUACGAUAACACCGAGCCGCGCUCUCACUUCCAUUUUCAAAAUACUAUUUCCAGAUAUUUUUAAAAACUUUAAAUUCCUCGGACAAGAAUUAGAAGACAGUAUUUUGGCUGUUGUCAAUAUGAUUCAAAAAGAAAGAGGUAACAAACCUUGUGGACGUAAUGACUUUAUUGAUAUGAUGAUGGAACUGAAACAAAAAGGCAAGAUAGUCGUCGAGUCUAUGGAACGGUUUAAUGCUGAUGGUAGCCCGGAGAUGGCAGAGCUGGAAUUGGAUGAUAUAUUGCUCGCAGCACAGGCUUUUAUAUUCUUCGCGGCCGGAUUCGAAACUUCAUCAUCUGCGACCAGUUUCACAUUACAUCAAUUAGCUUACAAUCAGUCUGUACAAAAGAAAGUCCAAGAAGACAUAGACAGAGUUCUGGCAAAGUAUGAUAACAAGCUUAGCUACGAUGCCAUCAAAGAGAUGACUUACUUGCAAUGGACGUUUCAAGAAGGCAUGAGGAUUUUCCCGUCUUCAGGACUCUUGAUGCGCAAGUGCACGCAGAAAUAUACUAUCCCUGGCACUGACGUGACCAUAGAUAAAGGUGUCAAAGUUACCAUUCCUAUCCAAGCGAUUCACAACGACCCGAAGUACUUCGACAAUCCGACCGAGUUCAGGCCGGAGCGAUUCUCUCCAGAAGAAAUCGCCAAGAGGCACAAGUUCGUGUAUCUGCCUUUUGGAGAUGGACCACGUUCAUGCAUAGGUGGUCGACUAGGUCAAAUGCAGUCAGUGGCAGGUUUGGCCGCGCUGCUGGCGCGGGCGACGGUGGCCCCCGCGCCCAGCAGCAAGCGCGAGCUGCAACAGGACCCCACCACCAGCAUCGUGCAGAACGUCAUCGGUGGCAUCCCACUUCAGUUCACGCAAAGACAUAUCUAGAACUUAUUAUUUCAGGAUUUUGUAUUAUAAAAAUCUCAAUAAUUCGUCAGAUUUCUGUAAGAAACAUAAAUUGACAGUACUCAGACACAACCGUAUCUACGCUUUGUGUAGCCUAUAAGGAGUGUCCUUUUUAAAUAGAUAUGUUCAAUACAAAGGCCUUUAGAAUUGUAGGCUAGUCUUAUUUUUUGUGAUAGGUUACAGUGUCAAUGAAUUUGUGUCAAGAAGCUUUAAAGUUAAAGUUUUCUUGGACACUUUAGGAAAAACAUACUCUGUUCGGAGCAUCUCUCACUAGUGCACCUUAAAUUUUAAUUAUUUAUUAUGGAUGUAUAAAAUUAUUAUUUAAUUUAAUGUUAGAGUGAUCUCAGUUAGUUUAAGAAUGUAUAAGUAAAAAUAUAAUGAUUUCUACAAGUGCAUAA